AUGUCGGCCGACACGGUAGUCGGUCAAAAAUUCGCAGUCGGUCAACGUUUUGUGGCCGAUCACGUGGGUCGUGUGCGUAAUGCUCAAGCAUGGGCAGGUCGUCAAAUCAAUCGAGCACAACAAUUCAUUCGCGAGUUAUCGGUGUCACAAACCGAUCCGCGUGACGUCUAUUAUCAGUAAGUUGAUUAUCCCGCACAAACACACACACACAAUUUCCUAGCGGAAAUGAAAUUAUUAUAAAUGUUUUUGUGUGGUUGGUUGGAUUGUUAUUCCCAUGAAGAAAACAUUUUUUUUGGAGGAGACCAAAGUGAUUGUGAAUUCAUGGCUGACAUAAGUACUUUUCACUUAUGAAUUAGUUAUAUCCUUUUUUCUUAACUAACUUUUUUUUCGCUAUUGCCAGCAAGCAGGUGAUAUAUGAGAAUAACAAAAUUUAUAUUUUUCAUAUACAUAUUAUAUCCAAAAUCGAUUCAGGAGCUUUGAGAUACAUAUAUUUUUCGAGUAGUAGCACACCACCCAACUAAUUAAAAUGAAAUGAUUUUUUGAGACCCCUAUGAGGAGAAGCAGUAGUAGUUUGCAACAACAACAAGCAGCACACACACACACACAUACACAAAAAAUUCUCGUUUUUUUUCGGAGGCGGGGCUGGCAUCAUCAGCAUCAUUUCCAUCAUAUGGAAAGGGGAGAACUCCCUCUCUUUUUACCUCUUAUUUACUAAAAUAUUAAAAAAGCGGCUAGAUUUGUUGCGAAAUUAACAUUUUUGUUAAUUUCUAUAACAAUGAUGAAAAGAUCUACGCGUAGACGAAGUGCUAAACUUCGCCGGAAAAAAUUGUAAGUUUUGUUGAAAGUGGAUUAGUGGGAGAUAGUUAAGGGGUUCAUAGAUUCUUGUAGAUCCUUAUGUCCAGGAAGACGCUCAUUGAAAACUGAAAAUCCUUUGAAAAAUUUUCUAAAAAGACAAGAUUUGAUGGUAAAAAAUAACAUUUCAGUUUGAAUUUUGAUUCAUGAAAAAAAAUUGUGUUCGUUGAUACAUUCCGCAUAUUAAUUUUUGACUUAAAAAAUGAUCUCUCUAGUCAAAAAUUAUCGUUGAAACCAAAACAAUUCGUCUUGUUCAAAACGUAGACAAACUCCAGUAAUCCAGUUUUUUUUUAAAGUGCGUCAAGGAAGUCAAAUUUUCUCAAUAACUAUUGUAUUAUUUCCAAAAGAAACAUGUGAUUUUCGAAAAUCUCAUUUUCCUCUCUUUUUUUCUGUGAAAAAUAAUAUAGCUGAAAGCAAAAUAAUGUGAUUUUUCAACACAAAAAAGAGAGAAGCAUAUAUGACAAACAUAUUUAGCUUCAGAAUAUAAUAUAUCUUAAGUAAUUGUAAAUCGAGACUUUUUUCAGAGUUCAAGCAUCUGAUGGCAAUUUUUUCGAACGUGUAACAGCGCCAAGUGAUACUGAAACUGGUAAAGAAGACGAGUUAUACACUAUCAAAAAUUUGAGUAUAAAUGGAGAUCGAGCUCAGAUUGAGGUUAGUUCAUUAAAGCAAAACGAAGCAAAAAAAGGUGUCAAAUUGCAUUGCUCAUAUUACAGGCACUCUAUGUUGAGGCGUUAUACACAAUCACGCAUAAACUUGGUCAAGGAGAUGCUGAAGAAAGUCAAGAAAGUUUGUAUAAAUAUGUGAGAAAUGCAUUUCAAGGUGAUACUCAAUUACACAACUCAUUGAUGGAGAAAGCAAAACAAAGCAAACCGCCAAGCGUUUUGUUGAAUGUGGCGCUUUUGGAAGCAAGAGAUUUGAUUGCUAAAGAUGUUAAUGGAUUUAGUGAUCCUUUUGCAAUGAUGGGAGUUGUACCGGGAAGACGAGAGGGUCUGCAAGAGAAGGCUGAAAUUUGUCAACAAGAGGAAGAGGAUAAUAAAUCACCUAGGAAUUUGGUGGGUGUUGGAAGGUGUUAAUUUUUUUUUCAAAUAUCUGAAAAAAAAGUUUCAGAAGUUUCCACGUGCAAACCUUUUUGAAAACUUCUUUAAAAAAUGUUCUUUCCGUUCAUUUUUUCAGACAUUUUUUUUCUAGAAUAAAGUUUUAAAUUCAGAAUCACCUGUUUAAUACCGGAAAAUGUGAUAUGGCAGUAUUUUUUUCUGAAAAUUACUCUCCGACAUUUGUUUUCAAAUCCAGUUCAUAAAUUUUGGAAUCUGAAAAUAUUUUUAGCUAAACUCGAACACCAAAAUAUUAUUUUUUUUUCAAUUAACCCUUCUCCGAACUCCCCCACAAACAAACAAAAUGACGUAGAAAAAAGUGCAAGUCCCAAAAAUAAUUGUUUUUUUUUCAUACUUUUUCACUUCUAACCCACAUAAAUAUAUAAUUUUCAGCACAAAAAAGAUGGGUUGAUGCAUCGAUUCGGCGGCUCAUUUCGCCGAAAAGUUGGACCAAAAAAGGGUAAACAAUCGGAUUCCGGAACAAUUCCAGCGAAAUUGAUCAAAGCAAGUUCGGUUCAAAAGAAAACAUUGAAUCCGCGUUGGAAUGAAAGAUUUCAAUUGGUCGUUGAAGAUGUUCAAAGAGAUCAAUUUCAUAUUGAUAUUUGGGAUCAUGAUGAUGAAGAACAAUCCGUUUUGGAUGCCGUUUCAUCAUUGAAUCAGAUUUCUGGAGGUUUCAAGGGUCUUGGAAGAUAUUUCAAGGAAGUGACACAAAGUGCGAGAGCAAAUUCAGAUGAUUGUACUGAUGAUUUUCUUGGAUGCAUCAACUUGAAACUCAGUGUAAGGAUAAAAAUAUAUGAAAAUUAUUAUAAUUGGUUAUAGAAUUUCUGUGUUUGAAAAUUUUUUAGACUAUUCUUUUUAUUCCAGGAAAUCCCACCAGACGGAAUCGAUCAAUGGUUCACUCUCCAACCCCGAUCCGACAAAUCCAAAGUCAGCGGUCAAGUAAAACUCAAAAUCUGGCUUUCCACCAAAGAAGAAGGCCGUGCAAAUGAAGAUGACGAACUUUUGGAUGUCAAGGAACACAUUGAACUUCUCCGCCAAUUUGCUUUGUAUGAAAUCCGUCAAACUGGUCAACCAGUUAGAUUCUGGGAUGGAGUUUAUCCAGAAAGAGCUAUGCUCAUUUUGAGACAACAUGCAAUUCAAGGCGAUUUGACUGAUGUUCAUACCGCAAUGUGGUUUGUUAUUUCAAUUGUUUUCUUUGAAAAUUUUUAAAAUUUCUAGCCGCUGGCUCGCCUUCCAUUCAAUGAUUCCCAUCGACAUAUCUUUCACGUUACUCUACAAAACUCUUCAAAAAGUUAUUGAUAGAUGGCAACAACUCACAUUAGACAAGGUUAAUUAAUAUAUUUUCACAUUCUAAUCGAGUUAUCUCAAUCAUCGAAAUUUCAGGAAGAGGAGGAUAUGUUGACUGAUUCAUUCUCAUCAUUUGACUCAUAUUGUAAACGUAUGAUGAUUGAACAUCGCGAAAAAUUUGCGCCGAAUAAAAGAAACAGCGGGGAGGAAUUUUCGAGUUUGAUCAAGUAGGGAAUUUUAUUUUUGAAAUAGAGAAUAUCAAGGAAAGUGGAUUUUUCAGGUGUAUGAAAGCAUUGAGAGAUUCACCGUUCUAUCAAAAAUAUUUGCCAUAUAAACGACCAUUCCAUGCACAUAUUGAAUCACUGAUAGUUGUAAGUUGGAAGAAAAUAACCCAAUAUUUUGAGAAUUGAAAAUACAAUUCCUAAUUGUAUUAUUCCAAAUAUACUUCCGAAUAUCACAUUCUUCAUUUCCAGAAAAGUUCCGAAGAAUUUAUUGAUCGAACAAUCGAAGAUGUUCAAGACGAGGAUCCUUGCAAAGAGUUGCUCAAACUUCUCAACAUUAUCAAUACCCAAUGUGCCAGAUUCCUUCAUUAUGCUGCAGUGAUUCGAGAAGUUGCUCGAAUUGAUUAUUCUCAAUUAACACUGAGCACUUUCGAUAAGAUGGUAAAAGAUUUCAAGAUUAUUUUUUGAAAAACUUUAGUUUCUAGCUCACUGAAUAUCUGACGUCUGAAAUGAUGAGUGAAAAAAAGAUGGAUCUCAAAUCUCAAAUGCGAUUAUCAGCUUCACAAGAUCCACCAAAUGAGGAUGAUUUGAUUGAUCUUAUGAAAAUUCACAUGGCAUUCGUAGAACUCAGGAAUUAUCGAUUAGCAAACAGAGUGUGAGUUUUUAUCGAUCACGAAAUAAAUAUUACUUUCAGUCAAAUGGUACUAGAAAAUAAUAAUAAUUUUUCAGGAGAAUCAAGGAUGAGUCAGAAUGGUAUGUGAUUUUCCAUCGCGGUAUCAAAAAAUUCCUCGAAGUUGCAAAAGAAAAAGCGCUAGCUCGUAUAAAUCUUAGUUGCCAAUUAGAUAUGCCAAUAUCAACUUCAUCCAAUGAUAUGCGUCACUCAAGUAGUCAUAUUGAUAUCUGUCACAUUGUUGAGCAACUCACAGUAUUUUGGGAGAGAAUUGAUAUUAUUGAAGUUCCAUUGAAAAUUGAGUAUACAAAACUAUUGGUGGAUUAUUUGUGCGAAAUUGUUACUGUUUAUACACAGAAAAUUAUUGGAAAUUUGGAGACUGAAGGUUUCUCACAAGAAUUGCAGAUUUUUGUUCCAUCACAAUUGUUACAAUUGGUGAGUAGAAAAUAUAACAAAUACUAUCAAAAUCAUUUUCAACAAUUAGUUAACAAUUUUUUUGAAACUUGUAAUCAAAAAUAAGUAUUUUUACAGUUAUGCGCUGCAAUCAAUAAUUGUGAGCAAGUUAGACGAAGUCUCAUGAUUCAUGAGAAACUACACCUUGAUGACAUCGCAAUCGCCUUUGAACGUGAGAACCAUGUUAACGUAAGUUAUUUUCCUACCUCAUUUUUCGACAAACAUAUUUUUAUUUCAGGGAAAUGCUCAAUGGAAAUCCGAAAUUGAGAACAAAUUGGAGCAAUGCGACAUCAACAUUUGUUCAGAAAUCGAUAGAAUCAUCGACCUUCUAACCGGUCGAUUACUUCCACAAAUGAAAAAACAUGUUUUCCAUCUUGCGUGGAGUCCAGCAGCUCAUCCAGUCGAAGACUCACUCAAACCACUCACUGAUAUGUUGGAUAUUGAAUUGUCAGCAGUGCACAAAAAUUUGUUGCACAAAAAUUUUUUGAGAAUUAUGAGUGCGCAAGUUGGAACAGUUGUAAAAUUGUUGAGAGAAUGUGUUGAUGAAAAUACUGGAAUGGAACCAGCAUUUUAUCAUAGAUUGUUUGAGGCUUGGCAUGUUUUGAUUGACUUUUUCCACGCCGGUGGAAAAGGUUUGUCGAUGGAAGCAUUAGAGACAAAUCCAGAGCAUGUGGUGAGUUUUUGAUACAAAAUUAUAUUGUAAUAAAUUGAAAACGCAACUUUUCAGAAACUUGUCAAAAUUCUCUCAAUGAACCAAACAUCAACCGAACAACUUAUCGAAAAAUACUAUAAAGAUCUACUCAAACAACAGGUAUACUUUUUUGCAAUUCUCUCAAAGCUCAUUUUCAGAUUUUUCUUCUCUAUCACUUUGUAAUUAAUUUUCAUUAGCUUCUUCGAAUAGUUAUAUUUUAAAAAAACAAUCACAAAAACACUCUUGUUAUUGGUUUAUUUUUCAAUUUCCGCUUCUUUUCUUCAACUUUCAUUUUAUUUUUCUGCACAUUUUGCACCAAAAACGGUUUUUUUCAUUAAAAACCCCACACAUUCAAAAAAAACCACACACUUUUUCACUUUUCACCAUUUUUAGGCGCUUGCUGAUCACCAAUUCGGAGUAAGUUGCUGGUAGUUAGAAUAUAGUUUUCCCAUAUGUUUCAAAUUUUUCGCCAGUUUUUCUUUUUUGUUUUUUUUCGUAAACAUGUGCUUUUUGGGGCUUGGCGAACGAUUUGAAAAUCCCUGCACUUCUCACAAGCACCAUUUUAUUUUUUUAGAUUUCAAAAAAAAUAGAACAGUUUUGUGCAUGGCUUAGCUGGCUUUUUCAUAAAUUUAUUGUGAUAGAUAGAAGCUCCUGUGGGAGUUUGAAUUUUUAAAACGAGAAUUGUGAUAAUUCUCAAUGUUGGAAUAGAGGUUAUUUUUUAUUUUUUCAGAACGAAGUUAGCGAAUGUAAAUAUGGAAUUAUUAAUUUACGAGCUUAUUAUAAUGCAAAUGCUCAAACAUUGGUUUUGGAUGGUGAGAAAAUCGAUUUUUAACAGAAAACCUUCAAAUAAAAAUUCUAUGAAUUUUCAGUUAUUGGAGCUAAACAAAUUAUUGCGCUUGAUUCGAAUGGGUUGUCUGAUCCAUUUGUAGUUAUCGAACUUAUUCCAAAAUUCCGAUAUCCAGCAGUUCCUGUGAUGAAAACAAAAGUUGUGUCAAAGAGUUUGAAUCCAAUUUUCGAUGAGACUUUUGAAUUGUGAGUUUAAGAGUAUUGAAAAAAGUAAUUUACCAACAAUUUAAAUGUAAUGUUAAGAUGUGGGUUCUGGGGAAAGGUUUAUUCAUAGAUAUGCGUUUUCACAAAACAUUUUUGGUGAUCAUUUCCACGGAAAUAUUUUCUGAUCUCUCAAAUUCCUAAUUUCCAGCCACAUUCCUCCAAACCCACCACCAACUGCAAUGCUUCACUUUACCGUUAUGGAUCACGAUUAUUUGCGUUCCAAUGAUUUUGCCGGUGAAGCUUUCCUCGAACUGAAUGAUGUUCCAGGAUUUGGUGUAACCGGCGGAAACACUCUCCGUCAAUUCAAUCUCAUUUUGAUUCAACCGGUUUCAAACAGUAAGUUUUUUUUCAAUCAGAAUUCAUUUAAUUAAAAUAAACCAAUCGAUAAUUUUUUUAGCCAAAGAUGUGUUGGAUGUUUUGAAUAGUCGGAAAGAAGACAAAGAUGCUGUUGAGUUCUUGCGCACCAUCAACACUGUCUACUAA